GAGACCAUGGUAAGAGCUGGAACACCUUGUUUUCAGGUUGCAGCUGAUCUAGGAUGAAAGUCGUUGCUUUCCUUGCACUGUUGGUGACCCUCUUUCACCAGGGAUACAGCAACAGUCUGGACUCAUGUGAGGGACGCUGUGGUUAUGGCACAGACAAUAACUUCUCCUGUCAGUGUAACCCUUCCUGUGAGCGCUUCAGAGACUGCUGCUCUGACUACACUGAGCUCUGUAAAGCUGAAGCCACGUCUUGUAAAGGCAGAUGUGACGAGAAAUACGACCAUGACAACAAGUGCCACUGCAACUCUAAGUGCACCCAGUACAACAACUGCUGCAGCGACUACAAAGACCUCUGUGACAGUGAUGGAGGAGGUGGAGGUGAUGUGAUCACUGAUGCUGAGAUCAAGAGUCUCUCUGAGACACUCUACGCUCUGGAUUCAAACAAGGCUUCAGCCUCACAGUUGAUCAUUGACCCCCAGGCUCUGGUGCACGACUCUCAGACCGGCUCCCAGUCUGACCUCUCCUCAAGACUGUUGUUCAAAUACCUGGAUGAGCAGACUCUGUUUUCCAGACCCACAUACGCCGCCCUGCUGGCUGUGCUGGACAACUACAACAGGAUGACAGGACAGACGGAGGACAUGAGUUCUCAGCAGCUGGCUGAGCAGGACACCUUCGUGAAAGAGACCAUGUCCAACACUGAGCUGGGCAGAGAGCUGUUUGCUUUCCUCUACACCAAGGGUGUCUAUGCAUCAGAGGAAGACUUCAUUCAUGAUCUGAAGAUGAUGUGGUUCGGUCUGUACUCCAGAAACAACAACAAGAUGGACUCCAGCGGGUUUGAACACAUCUUUGCAGGUGAGGUCAAGGGAGGAAAGGUGUCUGGUUUCCACAACUGGAUCCAGUUUUAUCUUCUUGAGAAAAGAGGGAAGCUGAACUACUAUAGCCACAGCUUCAAUGGGCCUUGGACCACCUACCCUGAUGUUCUGGGGAUGCAGUUCAAGUGGGAUGGCUACUACAAGCAGGUCGGCUCCGCAGUGAUUGGCUGCAGCCCUGAGUUUGACUUUGCCUUGUACAGCCUCUGCUACAUCACUCGCCCGGGAAAACAGUGUCGUCUGAGUCUGGGAGGGAAGGAGCUCAUGAUCCAAACUUAUACCUGGGACAAUUCUUCAUAUGGUGAUGGAAAGAAGUUCAUUGGCUCUGCCUUCCCUGCAACCCCCAGGAACUGAAGCUGCUGUCUGCAAAAACUCUCAUAGGAGUCCGCUUGGUUUUCAGGACAUAAAGCCUUUGAAAAUUUGUUUCUGUCUACGAUUUAGAAGUAAAAAGUUCAAAAUAUCUUAACUUCAUUCCCAAAAUGUUUUAAUAAAACAGACCCAAAAAAUCAGAAAAACAA